UUUGUUAUAUAAACAUCAUAUUAGACUUUCUUUCCCUUCAUACAUGAAAAGAGGUACUUCGUGUAGAGCCCAGAUCAGACUGUACAUACAGAUACGAGGAGAUACUCUUGAUAGAGCAACAUCUUUAAGCUUAUGUGUACGACGGUAAGUUGAAUUAAAGCAGCUGUCAACCUGUGACGAUCUUUUUCUUUUUUAUUUCCCCUUCAAAAUGGCAAAUAGAAGAGACAAUACCGAUGAAGAUCCCAUGAGUGAUCACGAUUCUAUUUAUAGCAAUGAUCAAGACAUUCAAUCGAGAACAGUUAGUUUAUCUGAUGUAACAACAGAUAACGUCAAUGACAUUUUACAUGAACAAUUCAAUCGCUUUCAUCCUUCUUUACCUGCUGCUACUCUUGUUCACAACACUCCUUAUUUUCUAAGUUCAGGCGAUAUCAUCAAAAAAUUUGGACUUUCACAGAUACAAUUUGAGGCUUUGUAUCAAAUUAUUAUGAGCAAUAAACUAGUCCCAAGACGAAGAAUAGCCUUGGUUUCAUUACUUCUUCCAAGAAACAACGUACCCGAGUGGUGUGUGACGCGUAUUAUUGCAAGAAUACCCAAUAAUAGCGUCAAGCUAAACAAGAGAUUACUGCAGUGGAUUAUCUCAAUUUAUGACAUAAUUGAAUCUGAUAACGAACAAUAUGAUAAUCUAUACCCUGUAUUAUUUCAUUAUUUGACAAUAGCUGGAAUUAGAACGGAGCUCUGUCAUCUACUUUACUACAUGACCAGAAAGAAUAGAGUGACCAAAUAUAGAAUUAAGAAGCUGAGAGAAAUGAUUGAUAAAGAAAAGGAUAAUAUAGCAUUGAUUGCGCUUUUGAUGGUCUAUAAAAGCUAUGACGAUAGCAUUGAGAUAUCUGAGAAUGUUCGAUUAAGGGAAGCCAUAGCAUUUGAGCAUCCUGAUCCCGAAACAAAAAACAACUUGAUGAAUAUAAGAAUGUUAUGGUCCAACAAUGACGAAGCAGGAUUGUAUAGACCUCCUAUUGCACUAGGCUCAGCCUCAGUGCCACGUAACAAGAGGAAAAGAAAUCAAGAUCACCAAGAGUUGAAGAAGGCAACGAUACAAUUUCGUAAUUUGGAUGUACAAGAAGUACUACGAAUGGCAGAACAUAUCGAUCAAUUCAAACUAUCAGAACAACUGGACAGAAUGCUGGAGAAUAGGAUACUACAGCAUGUCAUUGUAUGCAGACCAGAUAGUUCACUUAUUUCUCGUAUGGGCUACUGGCUCGAUCAAAAGCUGCUAUACUUCGUUCGUUGGGCAAAUCCAAAAGAUGUAGGAAAGACUGAAUUGAAGGAAUUCCUACAAAAGCUGAUAAAGUUGACACAAUUUACAAAGGCCCAAUUGCCUAUCAUUGAGGACUUUUUAAGAGAGUAUUUAAAGAUCUGGAAUGGAUACGAGUUUCAAGAAGAGGUUUUUGAACUUGUCACGUUUCUAAAGCCAAAUGAGUAUCAAGAUCUAUAUAAAUCCGUAUUAAGGCCACUGUAUCGAUUGUAUUACAUAUCAGAUGUUCAUUGGAAAGCGAGGUUGAUCCUCUGUUAUAGUGAAUGGCUUAAGAAUUGGGCACUUUUAGACUGGAAUAAGCAUAAGGAACUUGAACAAGACGAACAAGAAGAGAUGGAUCAAGUGACUUGGUUAUUUAAAGGGCUAUCAUUCGAUACAGACUAUUUUCAUUCAAUGCAGCAAUUUAUUCUACAUGUCGAUAAAUUAUGUACACUUGGCUUGCUCCAAGAGAAAGACCACCCCUUAUUACAGCACGCAUCACUUUCAUUUUUUGAACUAGUCUCUUCCAUUUCAAUACAGCAUAAUAUACCAAGAAUCAUUACACCUGCGGCACCGUUUGUAUAUAGACACUUCUUUUCUACUUCUGCGAUGGCACAUAGUAGAAUUUGCAACAUUAUGUAUCAAUAUAAAAUGGCGUUUGAACAAAGUGAAGAUCAACCCGAAGAUCAACCCGAAGAUCAUCAGACUGAAGAAUAUCUACCAAGCUUCAAUGCUUGCAUGCUGAAUGUAUGUAGUGCCUUAUGGAAAACGAUCAGUAUUCAGGAUGAACAGCCUCCCUUUGAUCUACCAGCUGUAACUAUAGAGCGCUUGUUUGAAAGAUGUCAGGAAAGAGGGACAGAUGUACAAAGGGCAUUGUCUAUAACGCAGUCAGCAGCUUUAAUAGGGUUCUCAAAAAGAUUCAUGAAGGCGUUGGAAGAGCAAGAGAAGAAUCAUCAGGUGAUGCAUCAUGAACCGAUUACGGCCAAUUCGUUAGCUAAACUUGGACAGGAAGGUGGAAUGAGUUUAUCCUAUCAAGACUAUAGAAUACGCUAUUUAGAUCAUCUUUAUGAACAAGGUUUUACUGGCAUUUAUAACUUAUUAUAUUCCAGCAUGAAAUCUUUAAUCAAUAAAAGAAAAGAGGAAAUAGUUUAAAUAAUUGAUACUAAUGUCCUAUUUACAUAAAAAAG